UAAAAAAAAUAAUCAUGGAGCUAGUGUUAUUUUAUGAUAUUGUAAAAUGUUUUGUUUUUUUGCAGAUCCACAUAUCAAAGUAAUAGGUCUUCCAGAGGACGUCAGAGUGGCAAAAGAUUUAAUAAUGGCUGUGCUGGACACAAAAAGCAAUAGAGCUACUCUAAAGAUGGAUGUUUCUCAUACAGAUCACUCUCAUGUCAUAGGCAAGGGAGGUAACAACAUUAAACGUGUCAUGCAAGAAACAGGCUGUCAUGUGCAUUUUCCUGACUCUAACAGAGGCAACAAUGUGCAGGAAAAAAGUAAUCAGGUAUCAAUAGCAGGUCAGCCACAAGGAGUAGAGGCUGCUAGAGCAAAGAUCAGGGAGUUACUUCCCCUGGUAUUUAUGUUCGAGCUGCCGGUGACCACUAUCCCAAUACAGAUACCAGAUUUACAGUCGCCGGCCAUGCAGCAGCUACAACAACAAUACAAUGUUAACGUCAGCUUCCGACAAAGGCAACGAGGUUACGGCACCACUGUGAUUGUACGAGGCUCUGUCUAUAAUGAAAAACUUGUUAAAGAAGCCACAUUGAAAAUGAUGGAUCUGUUAUUAGGAAAAUUACCAUCACCAUUACCAAUUAACAUGCAGUUGGAGAUUGCCCCACAACAUCAUCUAUUUAUCAUUGGACGUGGAGGAAUGAAUAUCAAGCAGAUUAUGCAAGCAACGGGGGCCAUGAUUCAUUUUCCUGACCCAAACAGUGUCACGCCCCAGAGAAAGGGGACUGUAUAUAUAACCGGAACAAUAGAUAGUGUCUUUCUGGCACGACAACAACUUAUUGGUUGUCUACCCCUUGUCCUUAUGUUUGAUGUGAAAGAAGAACUAGAGAUGGAUCCAGGUAGAGUAACACAGUUAAUGGAACAUCUUGAUGUGUUUAUCAGUGUAAAACCUAAACCUAAACAACCAAGCAAAUCUGUGAUAGUGAAAAGUAUAGAGAGGAACUCCUCCAACAUGUAUUUAGCACGGCUCCUGUUAUUAGGAAUAGAGAAGAAGUUACCACAGCAACCAGUUCAUCAAAUGACAGAAGAGGGAACUCCGUCCAAUGUUCUCAGUUUAACAGCCUUAGGAUACUUUGGCCACAAUGUACCGCAGAAUAUUCAGCAAACCCUCCAGAUAAAUACAGCUAAUCAAUUGUUACUAGUAAAUGGUCAGAAGAGCCCACCAACCACAGCUAACACCAUGAGCCCAAAGAGUCCCAGAAGCCCGAACAUGAAUACAUCAAGCCCUAACCACUAUGUUUCCCCUCCACCAGGUAUUUAUGCUCCAAUGAUGGUUGUACGUCCAGCGGUUUCCGUCCAGAAUGUAGUUGAUCUCAUGAAUCACUGUAAUAUAAAUGGUAUACAGAAAGAUGUCAGUCAGAACGCUGGUUUCCAACAAACAACGCAGACAUUAAAUGUCACUGAUCAUGUAGGUAGAAAUAGGAGUGAAGCUAGCAGUCCGUCCAGAAGUCCUUGUGAAAGUCCUUCAAGCUUCAGGGAAAAUACUAGUGCUGUUGAUUUAGCUGGUCUAUCAACAUCAAAUGGUUUUGGUAAUAUUGUCACAUCACCACGACCAAAUUCUACCCUGACUAGUAGUGGACAUACACUAGACCUGCUAGGACUGAGUAAACCCAAAGUACCACUAAGUAGCAGUGCACACACAAUGGAUUUACUUGGACUGAGUAAAACAACAAAUCCUAUGAACGAAAUUUCCUUCCUUAACAGUGGCUUAAGCAAUGGUUCCCUCCAUGGUAGUUUGAACAGUGCUUCCCUGCAUGCCAGCCUGAACAACGCCUCGUUACAUGGAAGCAUGAAUAAUAUGAACAGUGCAUCAUUACACAGCAGUAUGAACAAUGGAUCUCUUCAUGGAAGUUUAAAUAGUGCCUCACUACGUGCUAGUCUUACUAGAAGUCAUCUCACGAAUGGGGAUGGACGUUUACAUGAAGAUUUAAGAGCACCUGGUAUAGAGAGGAAGAACUCCACAUCUAAUCAUUUUGCUGAUACUUUCCAGCCAUUUGGUGUGGAUUAUGAGCAGAAGAAAUUAUUGGCAAACAAAGCUAUUCAGAAGAAACCUAUAGGAGAAUCUCGUACCCCAACAGAUUUCUGGUCAGGCCUUGGUUUCUCCAAGUCUAUGCCAGAGUCUGCUAUAAGAGAAAGAAUGCAACAGACAGGUGUCAGACAAAAAUACGAACCUCCCAUGGCAACAACUUAUGAGAAUACAGCAGAAGAGAUGUCAGAGAUGGACAGAGAUCCAUGGAGGGACUCUACCACCAUGUAUAACAGACCACCAAUAAACCCAGCACCAGGAGAAUAUCCUAGUCCUAGGAAAAAAUGGCCGGAGUAUGGAUUAAGUGCAAGUAAUCAUAUAGAUGGCGCCCUUGUACCAAGCAAGUCAUACUGGUCACCUAAACUAGACCUUGCUGAGCUGUUCAUCAAACUGGGUCUCGGAAAAUAUACUGACCUGUUCCAGCAACAAGAAAUUGACUUGCCAACAUUCCUGACAUUGACUGACCAUGACCUUCGAGAGUUAGGUAUCUCCACAUUUGGUGCCAGAAAGAAAAUGCUCCUGGCAAUUGCAGAUCUGAACAAGAGAAGAAUGUUGAUGUCAGCAAACAGUCCUCUGGAAGACUCGGAUCCAUUUCAUGAGGCAGCCUCUUCACCACACGGAUCACAUCCUGAUAUUGCGAGCUUGAGUGGAAGAUGGUGAAUAUGUCGUCUACAUCAGAGGUCAAAGUGAAAGAUUGUUAUCUGCUGUUGGGUAAAGACAGUGCAUAAGAGAUUUUCUGUUUAUUUGAGUUUCUGCUGAAUAGAAAAUGUUCUGCUGUUAUGUAAAUCAUUUUUGUGAACUUUUUGAGAUAAAAAAUAUUUGUUGUUGUUGGAGAACUGUGUGAGUAUUAUUAAGCCUUUGAUAUGAGCAAAUCAUGAGUUGACAGAAAGGUGUAGUUGAUUUACAAGAUUAUGAUUUUUGAAAAGAAAUGGCAUAUGUAGUAUCAAUGUUAUGAUUAAGAAAACACCUUAUCAAGUGAAAUUAAAAAAGGGUAAUUUUGAAAUUAUUUUAUUUUUGCUAGUUUAUAUUUAACAGAAAGAAAUGGUAGUAAAAAGUAGUAACAAUGUGUUUUUGGGAUAAAGCAGUCCUUGUUAAUCUAGUUAGAUGUUUGUGUAAAGAGUAUUUCAUAAGCUUAAUUACUCUUUUGUUUUGUAUGUGUCCUUGUUGAGAAGUUGUUAUUAAAGAUUCUUGUUAUUGCCGGUAGUAAAGUUAAUUUGAAAAGACCAUUUUUCCUUUUUAGUGACUAAAACUUUAAUGUGUGUGUAGAGUGCACUACAAACAGCUCUUUGGAGAAGAAUAUAUAGUGUUAGAUGACUGAAACACUUAAAACUGUUACUGUAAUAUGAUAUUUACAUGUAUAUUUUUUAUAGAUUCUAUAUGGAUAAAAACAAUCUCUUAUGAAAUGUAAUACUAGUCAUAAUUGGAGAUCUGCUGAAAUCUCAUAGUUAUUAAUGUCGUAUUGUAGAUGAAUUUAGGUUGAGUAUAUUAUAUUGUACAUGAAACACUGUCUUGAACCUUUAACCUGCCUGAACUGAAAGUGACCAGCCUUUGCCAUCAGUAUAGAGCCAGGCCAGCCUGCACCUCCGUCCGUGCCUGCCGUCUGCCCAGGCUCUAUACAGAUGAUAACUGAUAUAUUUUGUUUUUUGAUACAUGUACUAUUGAAAUCUCAAAAUGUUAGUAGAUUGUUCCAAAAUCAAAGCUAGGCAAAGCCAAAAAAAUACAACUUCCGAAAGUUAAAGGUUAAGUAGAUAAAUGGUUAUAGAAAUACGCAUUCAAAGGUGUCUGUCUAUUCUAUGAAAAUUCUAUUUAAAAAAGUUGGUUCCGUAAUUCUUAUGUGAAAGGUAGCUGAUUCUGCCAAUCUUUGUUUAAGGGUAGCCAUUGUUACUGUAGGUACAAUAUAGGUUUUACUGUUUAUUUGUUCAUUAAAUCAGAAUACGAAUGGAUUGAUAUUUUAUGAUAAUAUAUUUUUGUUAUCUCAGUAUAGAAGAGUUUAUAAGAGAAAUGUUCAUGACAUAAAAAAAUUUUGUUAAGCUCAUUGUACCCCCAAAACUGCUCAAUUUUAUAGAAAAAAGAUCUUUGACUUUAUAACAGGUGUAAAAAAUUAUUUUUAUAUAUUUGAUUUGAGAAUAUAUUUUAAAUUAUCUGACGAAAAGAAAAAAACUGAAUAUGUUUAUGGAAUCUACAUGACAUUUGAAUAAUGUUUCCCAUUUGACUGUAGGGUAUGAUUAAUUUGUGUAUUUAAUUAAAGAAAAAGACAAAAACCAAGUGUGUGCCAAGUAAAAAAUUAAAGAAAAAAAACAUUGUACCAUACACUAUUAUAUGAAGAUCUCUUGCUUUGGUGCAUUUGAAUUUCUCUUAAUUUACAUCGAAAAGUGUGCCUCUACAAAAGAAUUUAAGGAAAAACACAUGUUUUUGCACACGGCAUUGAAAUGUAAUGAUUUAAAGAAAUAUGCUAGGUACUGGUAUAGUUGUUUUGCAUAAUAGUGUUUGUACAUUAUUUGUUUUACAUUAUUUUCUUAAAUUUUUACUAAAAAAAUUUUUUAAGAUUUUUUUCAUUUGUCAAUAUGAUUUUCCAGUAAAGUUGAACUUUAGAAAGAAAUGUUAUAUUUGUAGACAAAAUCAGUACAAUUACUUUAUUAUUCAUUACAGUAAGUCCGUGGUUGUAUAUUGAUUAGUGAGAAAAGUUAAAUUUUAAGAGAAAAAAAUGUGAGAAAAUUUGUUUUUAUUCUAUUUUAUUAAAUUGAUGAGCAUUAACUAAAGAAUAGAAAAUUGUUUUAGAAAUUUGAAACUUGACCAAUAACUAAAAUAGAGAAGGUUACGGUUAGAGAUGAAGUAUAACAUGUAAAUGUAACUUGUUUUAUAGUUAUAUUUUAUAGAUAGAGAUGUGUAUAUAUAUAUAAUUGUUCAGUAUAGAUAGAGUUUGUAUCAUUUAUUCAUCAUCACAUCCAAUUAAUGAUCAACUAUGACUGUGACAAAAAUUGUUAUGAUCUGUGAAAGUGAAAUUCAGGUAUAGAAAUAGUUUAUCUUAAUAAAAGGUAAUAUCACAGAUUUAUAUUGUAAUGAAGAUCCGUGGUAGUAUCCAGGCUGAGAUAAGUAUGGAAGUGUUGUAAGUCAUAGUUGCAUUAAACGGGUGUUGUCUUUCAUUAUGUCCCUUGACAAAAAUCUAGGACAACCGCUUUAUAUAUAGACCAGAUAUGUGUCUCACUAUUUUAUUUAUUUUUGCAUUGUGCUUACCUUAGUAUAUUGUUAGUUAAAUGUAUGUUUGUGUGGCUCGAAACAUGAUGUAACUGUAACGCAUCAAAGUAUAGAGUAAAAUGUGAUGCUUGAUUAAUAUACUGAACAAUGCACCGAACUUUACUUGAUUUAUUAUAAAAUAAGAACAUGUGCCACAGUAAAACAUUUUAAUCAAAACCUUCAUUGUGGAAAAUUGGAAGAAUGAAAAUGGAAAAUUUAACGAAAAAUUACAUGGAAAACAAAAGAAACUGGCUCUUUGUGAUUUUUCAUCAAAGACAGAUUGCUUCCAAGACGUUUACACAACACUUUGAAAUAUGGUCAGUAGGACCUUGAAAAAAUAAGAGCAUUGGUUUUUUGAAAAGAAAUAGUAUUGCUUUAACUAUCAUUUUUAUGCAUUCUUACAAGAUUAUUUUGCUUUGAUUACUAAUUGCUUUAAAAGCUUUAUUUCUUUUUGAUAAUUGCUUUUAGAAAGCCUUACACAUGAGAAAUCCGUCCAUAUUUACUUGUGAUAUACAGAAUCCUAUGUGUGAUCUCUACUUAUAUAAUUUGAUCUAUGCAACUAUAAAUAUUUUAUUUUUUAUACAUGUAUGUAUAAUUAUGUAGAUGGCAUUGACAUUGUAUAUUGUGUGCUGAACUGUCUCGUUGUUAUACCCAACUAUACAUAUAUAACAUAUUGUUGUUGAAAAAAAUUUAAAGCUGUUUUUGUUGCUUUUUAUAAUUAAUUGUAUUGUCUGUUUUUAAUUUUUCAUUUUGUAAAAUACAUUCUGUAAACAAUGAAUAGAACUUGUAUUAUAGUGAUUUUUUUUUUUGCUUGUUGCUUAACUGAAUUUUGCCCUCUUUUUUCUGAGUUGUUGCCCUUUAUAUUGCAGAUUUUUACCAAAGUAUUAUUCAUGUUUAUCCCUUCCCAUUUGUGCUCAUGUUUGAAGUGCUAAAUUUAGUUGAUUUUGUAGUGCUCAUUUUCUUGAUAUAUAUAUAAAUAUUAUAAUUUUCUGUUUUGGGGAUUUUAGAGACAUUAGUUUACAUAUUGCAUUCAUUGUUUUGUUAAG